AUGGCCAUUCACCAGAUUCUGAGACGAUCUUUCUCCAGCGAAAGAAGGUCAGCUGAAAUAGUUCCCAAGGGGCAUGUUGCUGUCUACGUUGGAGAUAAUGAAAAGAAGCGGUUUGUGAUUCCAGUGGCGUACUUGAACCACCCCUCGUUUCAAGAGUUGUUGUUUCAAGCUGAGGAAGAAUUCGGGUUCAACCACCCGAUGGGCGGCCUCACCAUCCCUUGCAGUCAAGAAUUAUUUCCAUCAACAAGUUUCUCAAAAUCCUCUUGCUUUUUACUUUUGAUUUGUGUCACAAGAAAUCUAUUUGUUUUACUUCAAAAAAGACUUCUAUUUAUACAGCGCCAGAUGCUGAGACGUUCUUUAUCAAGCGAAAGAAGAUCAACUGAAGUUCCAAAAGGGCAUGUUGCCGUCUAUGUUGGAGAGGAUGAAAAGAAGCGUUUUGUGAUUCCAGUAUCAUACUUGAACCACCCCUCGUUUCAAGAAUUACUGUUUCAAGCAGAGGAAGAGUUUGGGUUCAAUCACCCUAUGGGUGGCCUCACCAUCCCUUGCAGUGAGGACUUGUUUGUAGAUUUCAUCUGUUGCUUCAACACAAGAUGAUGUGUGCAUGUGCUUAGUAGUAGGAUCAAAUUUUUGUAGAUCAGCAGAUAAUGUAUUUCUAGGAAAAAAAAUAUCUAGUA